AUCCACACACCACUAUAAAUUGCAACCACCGCAAAACAAGUUACCAAACUCAAUCUAUCAGCAACAAUGAGAUUCGAUCGCGUUCUCAUCGUUUCCCUUCUCAUCCUCUCCGCCGUGUCGGGUUUCUCCGCCGCUCUCCGGCAGAAGGGAGCUUUUGUCGGUGGCUAUACCCCUAUCAAGGACCUCAACGACCCUCACGUUAAGGAGAUCGCCAAUUUCGCGGUGUCCGAGUAUGAUAAGCAAUCAGGGGCGAAGCUGAGGCUGGUUAAGGUCGUUAGCGGCGAUUCUCAGGUGGUGGCUGGAACCAAUUACCGCCUUGUGAUUGCGGCGAAGGGUGGAUCCCGAUCCGCUGCCGCCAGCAAUUACGAAGCCCUUGUAUAUGAAAGGUCAUGGGAGCAUUUCAGGAAUCUUACUUCCUUUAAGCCUGUUCAUUGAUUAAUCAUAAUAGUGUGUAGUUUCGUGAUCUUUAUCUUAUUGGUAAAUCUAUAUCAGUUGUCUUAUUAUUAUAUCGUGUAAUUUUGUACCUGUUGUUUUCUGUCAAUAAAGUUGAGGUUUGCAAA